UGACCUCCAAACAUGGCCGGCGUACGAGCCCUCGGUUCCCUCUCCAGACUCACAACCAGCAGAUAUACCCUGUUUCCAGGUGUCACCAGGCGGACCUUUAAAUUUGCUGCUUGCAUGAUGGCUCGUACACAUGUGAGCUAUGAGGUCAAGGGAGAUGUGGCUGUGGUUCGCAUGAAUGACCCCACCGCAAAGGUAAACACACUCUCUGUUCAAAUGCAAAAGGAUAUGACAGAAGUUAUGGAUGAGGUUUGGGGGAACAGUGCUGUCCAGAGUGUUGUUCUCAUCUCAUCCAAACCCGGCUGCUUCAUUGCAGGAGCAGAUAUCAGCAUGAUUAAGGCCUGCAAGACCGCAGAGGAGGUCACUGGUCUUUCUCAAGAGGGCCAGAGGAUGUUUGAGAAGAUCGAGAAGUCUCCUAAGCCAAUUGUUGCUGCUAUUAAUGGAUCGUGCCUUGGUGGAGGAUUAGAGUUUGUCAUUGCCUGUCAGUACAGAAUAGCCACCAAGAGUAAGAAGACGGUUCUGGGCUGUCCAGAGGUCAUGCUCGGCCUGCUGCCCGGAGCUGGAGGAACACAGAGACUCCCCAAAAUGCUUGGUCUUCCCAGUGCCUUUGAUGUAAUGCUGACAGGACGGAGUAUCCGUGCAGAUAAAGCCAAGAAAAUGGGCCUGGUUCAUCAGCUGGUGGAUACUCUCGGGCCUGGAUUAAAGAGUCCAGAGGAGAGGACCAUUGAAUACUUGGAAGAAGUUGCUGUGGAGGCUGCAAGAGGACUUGCUCAGAAGAAAAUCACACUCACCAAAGAAAAAGGCUGGAUGCAGAAAAUUCAGGAUUACGUCAUGAGUUAUCCAUUUGUGAGACAACAGAUCUACAACACAGUUGAGAAGAAAGUCAUGAAGCAGACUAAGGGACUGUAUCCUGCUCCUCUGAAAAUAAUUGAGAGUGUGAAGGCUGGUGUAGAGCAGGGUCCGACCACAGGUUACCUGGUUGAGUCACAGCAAUUUGGCAAGUUAGCAAUGACCAAUGAGAGUAAAGCACUUAUUGGUCUUUAUCACGGUCAAGUGGCAUGCAAGAAGAAUCGAUUUGGAACCCCUGAGAAAGAAGUAAAAACACUUGCUAUCUUGGGAGCGGGGCUGAUGGGUGCUGGCAUUGCUCAAGUGACUGUAGAUAAAGGCAUUCACACCAUUCUUAAGGACACAACAGUUGAUGGACUCAGUCGAGGAGAGCAGCAGGUCUUUAAAGGGCUUAAUGACAAAACAAAGAAGAAGAGCCUAACAUCAUUUGAAAGGGACACUUUUCUGUCCAACCUAACGGGCCAGCUAGACUACAAUGGCUUUAAUAAAGCCGAUAUGAUCAUUGAAGCCGUUUUUGAGGACCUGAGCAUCAAACACAAAGUCCUAAAAGAAGUCGAAGCAGUGAUUCCCCCACAUUGCAUAUUUGCUACCAACACAUCUGCUUUACCAAUCAAAGAUAUUGCAGCCGUGAGCAAGCGACCUGAUAAGGUUGUCGGAAUGCACUACUUUUCUCCAGUGGACAAGAUGCAGCUGCUGGAGAUCAUCACCACUGAUAAAACCUCCAAGGACACAACGGCCUCAGCAGUGGCGGUCGGCCUGAAGCAGGGCAAAGUCAUCAUUGUUGUUGGGGAUGGACCAGGAUUCUACACCACCAGAUGUUUAGCUCCCAUGUUGGCAGAGGCAGUGCGUAUAUUGCAGGAAGGCACUGAUCCCAAGAAACUGGAUUCCCUGACCACAGGCUUUGGCUUCCCUGUUGGCGCAGCUACUUUGGCUGAUGAAGUGGGCAUUGAUGUAGCAGCUCAUGUGGCUGAAGACCUCGGCAAGGCUUUCGGCUCCAGAUUUGGAGGGGGAAAUGUUGAGUUUUUGAAGUCUAUGGUGGAGAAAGGAUUCAAAGGCCGUAAAUCAGGCAAAGGCUGCUAUGUUUACCAGCCUGGGCUCAAACGCAGAGACGUGAACACUGAAGCUCUGGAGAUUCUGGAAGCAUACAAGCUGACCCCAAACGCUGCAAUAUCUUCGGACUCAGAUAUUCAGUACCGGUUGGUGUCCCGUUUUGUGAAUGAAGCCGUUCUGUGUCUGCAAGAGGGAAUCCUUGCCAAUCCGGUGGAAGGUGACAUUGGUGCCGUUUUCGGUCUCGGCUUUCCACCCUGCCUUGGAGGCCCCUUCAGGUUUGUGGACAGCUUUGGUGCAGACAAAUUGGUGGAGAAGAUGCGGAGGUUUGAGGAGGUUUUCGGGAACCAGUUUACCCCUUGUCAGCUGCUGCUGGAUCACGCCAGGGAUCCAAGCAAGAAGUUUCAUAAGUGACCUUGAAUAUUAAAUGUGCCAUUAUCAUUAUUACUACUUCAUAGAAGUUUCAGAGAUUUACAUGAAUAACUAAGCAAUCGCAUACGUAUCGUGCACUUAAAGCAAGAGCACAGAAUGUGAAGAGCCUUUAUGUUCCUUAAAAAAAGGAAAUUAGGUAUGAAAUAUCACGUCUCCCCAUAAAAUGUCAUGUGCUUGACUAAUAUUCAGGUAGACUUGGCCAAAUGAGAGCCUUUUACUGAUUUAGCUUUUGUAUAUUAAUGAAAUUAUUAGGUGAAAUUGUUUUGUAAUGGUUGUGUACGAAUGAGAUGUACAGGCAGAGACAUCAGGCGCGUUCCAGCACGUCCCGGAUGCCCAUCAAAACUACAUUGUUUUCUAGUCCAAAAGCACUUCCAGGUCUGUAAAAUAAUUUUCAAUUUCAGUGAGCUUCGGCACUUGUGCUCAGUUUCUCUCUGGACAUAGAAAGUGGCCUCAAAAAAGACAAUUAAGGAAUUCAUCUGUGAAUUAAAUUAAAUGUUAAAAGAA